UGGUUUCGACGUCUAUUCUAUUUUUCUGUGCUCUCUUUAUUACACAAAACGGUGAGCGAUUCAUCGAUACCCUCUUUGGUGUCGUUGCUCUUCAAAGACAAAUCUUCAUUCCUUUCAUCACCGAUUAGGUAUUAAACUUUAAAUGAGAGCAAUAGGAAGGGGAUGUUCCUAGACUAUUCUUCUACAGUGUCCUUUUUUAAAAUCUUAUUUUGUGUGUCAGCUCAUAUUUUGGCUCUGUUUUGGAUGCUUCAUGCCAGCUUAUUGACAUGGCAGAAGUGUAGAAUGUCUGUCAUGGAUCUAUCAGUUCAGAUCAAUAAACAAGUGAAAAUCUAUAUUGUCUUGAACAAAGUGGAAAUUUUAAUUUGGGUUGACGUUUUUUCAUUUUUUUGAAGGCUUGCCUCUUGUCAAUAAUGGUUUUUGAAUUUGAAGGUUACACUCUUUGUAGUAUAUGUUAGUCCGUUGGAAGAAUUGGUAUCAUGAUUUCACAUUCAGUGAAUCUGUUGUCAAUUGUUCAUGUUUACACUUCUAUUAUUAUUACAGAUUUCAUAAUACUGUGGCUUUUCUGUCAUAUUUUAUAUCCUCAUCAUUUAUGAAUGAUUUAUGGUGAUGUUUAUUGUUUUCUUGAUGACUUCUGGUUUGGUAUUCAUGUUUAUUGUUCUUGUUCACUUUGUUUGUGACUUAUAAUCUUUAUUAAUACAUUAAUGUACAACACUAUUUUCUUUUUGAAGUUUCAAAUGACGCUGUAUAUUCGAAAGAAACAAAGUCUGACUUUAAAUUUAACUGCAUCAUCUAAAGAGCUUUGAAGCUUGCUUGUCAAACAGUGAGUUGCUGUAAGCUACAUUAUUCCUUUUGGCUCUUAGCUAAUGGAUAAGGGACCUCCACCUAGCCUUUUUGUUAAUGACGGUUCGUUCAUGGAGAGGUUCAAACAGCUUCAACAAGAGCAGGAGAAGGGGAAGAAUGCCAAAUUAGAGGAUUCUAAACCAAUUAAAGUUGUUUCAGGGCCGCUGACUCCUAGUCCCAACAUUAGUAAGGCUAAUGAUGCGCGCAAAACUUUCCAGGCUGGUUCCAGUGGCAAACUUGCUUUCAGUUUAAAACAAAAGUCAAAGCUAGUGCCGCCUCCUGUUAAGUUGGCUGAUGAAGAUGAAGAAGAAAUGGAUGCUGGAGAUGUUUCAAAUGAUGCACCACCAAAACGGCAAAAAUUGGGUGAGGAGGAUGGCAUUGAGCAAUCAUCAAGACAACUUGAUGUUGCACCUCCUUCCCCAAGUGAUCCUAUGGUGAAGAAAGUUGCUGACAAGCUAGCAAGUUUUGUGGCUAAAAAUGGAAGGCAAUUUGAGGAUGUUACCCGCCAAAAAAAUCCUGGGGAUACACCUUUCAAGUUUUUAUUUGAUGAGAGAUGUGCUGACUACAAAUAUUAUGAACAUCGGCUUGCUCAAGAGGAAAAGGCCCUUGCGCAGUCCAGGGAACCACAGGCUUAUCAUAAUGGGGGUACAAGCAUUUCAUCUUCCAGACCAACAAAUGGCCCUCAGAGAUCAUCUCAGCAGAAUUCAACUUACCAAAUCCCUGCUUCUGCUUUAUAUGAUAGUGCUGAAGUACCAAGGGCUUCUGGAUCUUCAGUUCAAGCAUUAUCAGUUGGAAGCACUGAUGAGCCCAGUGGAUUGUCAAAUGCUGAUUCUUUAGCGUUAAUGGAGUUCUACAUGAAGAAAGCUGCACAGGAAGAAAAGUUCAGGCAACCUAAGCACUCAAAAGAUGAGAUGCCUCCUCCUGCUUCUCUUCAAGCUUCUGGGAAAAAAGGCCAUCACAUGGGUGAUUAUAUUCCCCUGGAAGAACUUGAAAAGUUUAUGGCUAGCUGUAAUGACGCAGCAGCUCUGAAACAUGCAAAGGAGAGUGCAGAGAGGGCUAAAAUCCAGGCUGAUAAUGUGGGCCACAAGCUCUUAUCAAAAAUGGGUUGGAAAGAAGGUGAGGGCCUAGGCAGCUCCAGGAAGGGUAUUUCAGAUCCUAUCAUGGCAGGCAAUGUUAAGAAAGAUAACUUGGGGGUUGGUGCUGUCCAACCUGGGGAGGUGACUGCUGACGAUGACAUAUAUGAGCAGUAUAAAAAGCGGAUGAUGCUUGGCUACCGUCAUAGACCCAAUCCUCUGAACAAUCCUCGCAAGGCUUAUUACUGAACAUCACGGAGGAAGCCUUAAGUCUAUAUUUAUGGGAAAGAGUAACCUUCUAAAUGUUAGUUGAACUUGUGUAGUGGUCGUAGGAUUUUGUGGACACUUAUAUCUGGUUUUUGUGCGUUUUUGGAACAUCAGAUUUUUCUUGUCUUUAUGUGGGGGAAGGGGGUGUUGUUGGUAUUGUUUAUUACGAUCACAUUUUUAGCGCGCAAAGAAUAAUGUUUUAACUGUUUGAACUUGUGGAACAUGUCAUUGAUUGCUAGUCCUGCAGCACAUGAAGGAUUAUUAAUUCUCAGCUA